ACAGACACGCAUACACUUACACGAUACCACAAAUAACACUCACGCACACACCCACACACACAGACGAAGUGUUUGGAGUAACUACAAUGUACGCAGGCGCAUAUGCACCGAAUGCUGGCGGCGUUCAGCAGCAGCACACGGGCGGCUAUUAUGGCAACGGAGGCGGCGGCGCAGCUGCUGGCGGCGGCAAUGGACCGCGCCACGAUCGUCCCUACUAUCCGCGCAAUAACUUUGCCACAGCAGCAGGCAAUGCUGCCGCUUUGAAUGGCGCCGGCGGUGGCGCCGCUGCAGGUGGCAUGCACUUCGGCCAGCCAUACGGCGUGAUGACCUAUGGCAUCCAAAAUGGCAUUAGCAUGAGCGCCGGUGGCAAUCCGUAUCGCACCAGCGGCGCCGGCGGCGGCAACGCCAUGCAGAACGGCGCAUUCGCUAGCGCCAAUGGCAUCGCCUUUCAAGGCGGACCGCGCACCAAAAAUACGAGCUACACGCAGCGCUACCAGAAGCCCCACAACGGUUUAGGAAAUGGCGGCUAUCAUGGAGGCGGCAGCGCCAAUUACAAUGCAGCUGCACUGGGCAUGCUGUCAAAGGAGGAGCGCGCUGAAUUGCAGCGCGAGAAGGCCAAAAAUCCGGGCCGCAAUUUGGAGAAGCCGCAGUGGGAGAAUUUGCAGCCAUUUCAAAAGAACUUCUACAUUAUGCAUCCGAAUACGCUGAAUCGCAGCGAGCAGGCGGUAGCUGAGAUGCGCCAUGAACUGGAGAUCACCGUGUCGGGCAAUGAGCUACCCCAUCCGGUGGCUAAUUUCGAGGAGAGCUCACUCCCGCCGCACAUUAUCGAUGAAAUGAAACGUCAGGGCUUUACCAAGCCAACGGCCAUCCAGUCACAGGGCUGGCCCAUUGCCUUAAGUGGACGCGAUUUGGUUGGCAUUGCCCAAACCGGAUCCGGCAAAACGCUAGCGUACAUGCUGCCAGCCAUUGUGCACAUUGCCAAUCAGCCGCCGAUAAUGCGAGGCGAGGGACCCAUUGCAUUGGUGUUGGCGCCCACACGCGAGCUGGCACAGCAAAUUCAGUCGGUUGUGCGGGACUAUGGGCAUUUAUGCAAGCCUGAAAUACGUCACACGUGCAUUUUCGGUGGCUCGUCGAAAGUGCCGCAGGCGCGCGACUUGGAGCGUGGCGUUGAGGUCAUUAUCGCCACGCCCGGACGCCUAAUUGAUUUCCUUGAGAAUCGCAAUACCAACUUGCAGCGUUGCACGUAUCUUGUCCUGGAUGAGGCCGAUCGUAUGCUCGACAUGGGUUUCGAGCCCCAAAUACGCAAGAUUAUUGAGCAAAUACGUCCAGAUCGUCAGGUUGUGAUGUGGUCAGCCACUUGGCCAAAGGAGGUGCAGGCAUUGGCCGGAGAUUUCCUCAAUGAUUAUAUCCAAAUCAAUAUCGGUUCAAUGAAUCUGUCAGCCAAUCACAACAUUCGUCAGAUUGUCGAAAUCUGCAAUGAGAACGAGAAGCCGCAGCUCAUGGUUAGAUUGCUAAAGGAAAUCACACCGUCAUCCAAUAAUGCAGCCAAUAAAAUUAUCAUAUUUGUUGAAACUAAAAUCAAGGUGGAGGACAUAUUGCAGAUAAUUCGCAAUGAGGGCUAUAUAGCCACAUCGAUACACGGCGAUAAGUCACAGAGCGAACGCGAUUCGGUUUUGAAGGAUUUCCGUAAUGGCAAGUCGAAUAUAUUAAUCGCCACGGAUGUGGCAUCGCGUGGCCUGGAUGUUGAAGAUUUGCAGUUUGUUAUCAACUACGAUUAUCCCAAUUCGUCGGAAAAUUAUGUGCAUCGUAUUGGACGCACGGGACGCUGCCAGCAGCUGGGCACGGCGUACACAUUCUUUACACCGGACAAUGCAAAGCAGGCACGAGAGUUGAUCUCGGUGUUGGAGGAGGCUGGACAGACGCCAUCGCAGGAGCUGCUCGAUUUGGCACGCGCCAUGCCCAAUUCGGCCAACUAUCGCGGCAACAAGCGCUGGAACAGCAACGGCAAUGGCGGUGGUGGCAACACGACCAGUGUCUAUCAGCAGCGAAGCAAUCCGCUCAACUAUCAGGCGGGCAACGGCGGCGGCUCCAACAAUGGCUAUACCAAUCGCACUGGCUAUCAGCCGCAAUAUGCCGCUGGCGGCAACAGCUAUCAGCCCAAUGGCGCCGGUGGUAACGUUGGAAAUUGGAAUCGAGGCGGCGUGGGCACUGCCAUUAAUCAGCAACCGGGUCUCGAUGGCGCCAAUCGCAAUGGCAGCGCCACAUAUCGCCCGCGUGCACCUUUCAACAAUGGCGGACCGCGCGCCAUCAUGGGACACAAUGGAGCUGGAGGCGCUGCUGGCGGAGCUGGUGGUGCGCAUGUGAAUGCCGGCCAGCCGCACUUGGGCCAGCAGGGCGGCGCAUUUAUGCAGCCCAAUUAUCGUGGUCGUGGACAAUUUGUGCCGCCAAAUGCGGCGGCCACUGGCACUGGCAUGCCACGUUUUCAGCAGUUCCCGAAACGUGACUACCAGCAACAACAACAGCAACAGCAGCCACACUACCAGCAGCAACAGCAGGGCCAACAGCAGCAGCAAAAGCCAAAGCAACAUCCUGGCAGCGAUGACAAGACAUUCAAGGAGUAUGCACCAGCUGGUGUUACCACACCCAUGGUGCAUUAUACGCCAGCCAAUUCGCCACCAAUAGCAGCUGUAGCGGCUGCCGCUGCGGCUGCUGUUGCCGGCGGUGCUGGACGUGCACAGGUGGCCGCCGCACCGGGCGCCUAUAUGUAUGACGCGGCGGGCGUGCUGACGACAACCGCAGCACCUGGCACCAAUCCAUAUGCCAGCCAGUUCAAUAUGCCGCCCACCUACUAUACGACACAGCAUCAUCAGUUUGCCCCAGCCGUGGCUGGGCCUGGACCGGGCGCUGCCAUCGAGCAGGCUGGCCAACAUUAAGAUGGCUGGUUAUAAAUCCUGUCUUUUUCCAAGUCCAAAUACUGCAAUACCCAAAUACAAGAGAUGCAACCAAGCAAGCAGCAACUACCAGCAGAUAAAGAAGAAGAUUAAAUAACAAUAAUUACACAGACACACACACUGAAUACACUAACACCCACACACGCAAUUUAAUAAACAGUCAUAAUCGAAAAUUGACUAGAGAGAAUGGCUCGAGACACCGGGUCGUUCGAAUCAUACACGUAUACAUAUUCUAAAUGCGUAUAUAUAUAAUAUAUAUAUAUAUAAGUCACAUGAAUUAUUUAAAGAGCAUACAUAUGUAAUCUAGAGGAUAUGUCUAUUUGCUUGUGUCUGCUCCAAAAAUGAUGUAUAUGCGUACAUAACUGUCAACUUGUACGAUUCAAUCGAUUCAAUGUUACCGACACCACUGUUAAAAGCUGAAGCGCUGUUAAUUAACAGCGCCGGCAAAGGCAACGGCAGCAGUACGUUGCCAUGGACAGGCAAGCAACUUUAAUAAUAACCAACAACAGCAACGACAAGAACAACAACAAUGCGGACACAAAUGGCAACAAUUUACGAGUUUGAAAGCAACACAAAAAGAAAAACAAAAGAAACCGGAAUAGAAAACAACAAAUAACAAAUAACAAAUAAUUUGCAGAAGCACAAGUUACUCCUUUUUACAU